AUGAAUUUUCGAGCGACACGAUGUGUUUGGGAUCAUGGGAUGAGCGAGGAUGAGACAGUGAUCUUCAAGACUUUCAACGUCACGUCUGCGAGACACUCACCUCUAACGGAAUCCCCGCUCCUUACUACACAUUCCAUUGAAAACUCACAGAAAAUCUGGAGACUUGAAAGAUUACGAAUAACGUUGUUCUACCAGUGCGUCUCAUUCGAAUCCUUCCCGGCACCAAUCUUGGCAUUUCCUUUUGAUCGAUCCGGUGAAUCCGAAUCCGGUCGACUCGUUGGCGAUUUCCCAACGGCUGAUGGACCUGAUCCC